AUGUCCGACAACGGCGACAAGAACGACCAGGUCUACAACAACAGCCAUCGCGCAUUCUUACAGUCCUUCCUUUCUCGUGCAACCCUUACUUUCGAACAAGCCCGCCCGAUUGUUGCUGCCAUUGAGAAAGCUCAAGCACAAGAUGGCCGCGACAUCCAAUCCGCCGACAUCACCGAACAAGAUGUCUCAACCUACAUCAACGUGACCAAUGCCGCCAUCUCUCCCUUCGACCUGGAAAUCAGAGACACCCUCUCCCAGCACGACCGAACCCGCAUAUACGCUCUCGUAAACGUCUCCUCCGACUCCAUUACUCAGCUUGCAACCACCCAUACUCCCGACGAGAUUGCUUUCGUGAAACGCUGUCUCGAUGCCAUGUUUGAGACCAACAACACAUAUCGCAGCGAGGUGCUUGCCGUUAGGUCUACCGAGGCCUUGAGACUGGCAAAAGCCCCGGCCGCCCAGACUCAGGACGCUGAAGGCACCCAAGGUGCCACGUCCCAAAGUCUGACCAUGAUGCAAGCUCAAAGGAUGCUGCAGGCCAUGGUUGACGAGGGCUGGUUCGAGGUCAGCAAGAAAGACUUUUACACCCUAACUCCGCGUGCUCUGAUGGAGUUACGCGGCUGGCUAGUCGAAACGUACAACGACGACGAGGAUGAGAGGAUCAAGAACUGCUCCGCUUGCAAAGCCAUAAUCACAAUGAGAUGUCCCGAUCUCGACUGCUCUGGUAGACUACAUCACCAUUGUAAACGUGUGGCCUUCAGAGCACAAAACAACAACGAGCGCUGCCCAGUCUGCAAAACGGAUUGGGAGGAUGCCCCGCCAGUAGGCGAGAAAGGGGCAAUCCAGAAUAGGAGGAGUACAAAUGGCACUGGUGCCUCGAGACGCUCGACUACGGCGCAGACCGAUGGUGCAGACGAUUCACCAAACGACUCGACAGGCGAUGAAGGCUGA